CCCGUCCGCCCGCGGCGCGGCGCGGCAGGACCAUGUCGGCCACGGACGAGCGGGCCAAGGAGAUUCUCCGGGGCUUCAAGCUAAAUUGGAUGAACCUUCGGGAUGCAGAAACAGGGAAAAUCCUCUGGCAAGGAACAGAAGAUCUGUCUGUACCUGGAGUGGAGCAUGAAGCUCGAGUUCCUAAAAAAAUCCUGAAAUGCAAAGCAGUGUCUCGGGAGUUAAACUUUUCCUCAGCAGAACAAAUGGAAAAAUUCCGACUGGAACAGAAAGUUUAUUUCAAAGGGCAGUGUCUAGAAGAAUGGUUCUUUGAAUUCGGUUUUGUGAUUCCUAACUCCACAAACACUUGGCAGUCCUUGAUAGAGGCAGCACCUGAAUCACAGAUGAUGCCAGCUAACGUUUUAACUGGUAAUGUUAUUAUAGAAACCAAAUUCUAUGAUGACGACCUUCUCGUAAGCACUUCCAGAGUGAGACUUUUUUACGUUUGAGAUGGGGCUUUUUGGAGCUGUUUUAGUUUUCCUCCAUACAGUUCUUGGUGCAGAACCUCCCGACUAUCCAGUGGAAGACACUCCUGUAGGCGGUGACCCUGGGGACCAGCUCAACGUGGGUUGUGACCUUUGCCCAUCAGUUAUUUUGCUUUCUCCUCUGACAAGACCAGACCAAACCCUCAGAGACAGGACCAUCUGCUCAGCGAUGCACUGGGGAAUAGAGGCUGUCUCUGAACACGGGCAAACGAUGGUCAUGCAGAACCAAUACUGUAAAUUACGUUAGUCUCAUCCUUUGUACUUCUCUGGAUCCUGGUAUAAUCUCCCAUUUCCACUCACACCAAACUCUCAAUGCGUUUCAUUUUUGAGGGAUUAAGUUAACCUUUUCAUUUUUCUCAUGUUGUAGGUUUUUAUCCUUUCACUGGAUUUCUGUGUAACUGGUCCACACAUCCUCUUACCCCGAACUUGUAAAAUAGACUGUGAUAUCACCUAAUGUAAUUAAAACAAAUUUCUCAAUUAAAACAUUCCUACCGUCCAAAGAAGGG